AUGGGAUGGGUAUCCUUUGAGGACAAGCCCAAUGUUAAUUCAAACCCAUUACCUAAGCAUGCCCCAAAUAGUAGUGGAAUAGGCAUGAUCGAAGUGGGAAAUCAAUGCAAGGUGUUGAAGGUGCCCAUGAAGAGGUUGUACGACAUGUUGGUACAAUCAGGAUUUCUAAAGACAAAGGUGGAGAGCCGUUUGGAGGGAUAUGAUUACUGUGAAUACCAUGGAAGAGAUGGACAUCAUAUUGAGGAUUGCAUCGAGUUUUGCGAAAAGAUUGCAAAAAUGCUAAAAACAGGGGAGUUGAGGAUUGAACCCAUGAAGAGCAGCGGUGAGGUGAGUAUGAUGGAAGGUCGAGAUGAGAUGGCAGGAGUAUGUAGGAUCCAACAAACAGCUAAGGGGCCACCAAGGCUAAUCUUGGUCAAACCUUCCUGCACAAAAGGAAACCACAAUGCCAUGCAUUACAAUUACGGCUAUACCUCCAACGUUCAAACUCCACUUCCCUUGUUCCAAACCGAGAUUAGUGGUUUGACUCGGAGUGGUCGUUGCUUUACGCCCGAGGAGUUGAGAAAGGCAAAGGGCAAAGAAGUGGUAGAUCUUGACAAAGCACUAGAAGUUAAUAAGCCAGUAACGGAAGAGGAAUCGAAUGAAUUCUUGAAGUUGAUCAAGCAUACUGACGAGCUCGAUGCUGAAGGUACCGGACAUAACAAGCCUUUAUACAUUACGGUUAGGUGCAAGGACUGCCUCAUAGGAAAAGUACUCAGUGAUAAUGGCUCGGCCCUUAACGUGUUGCCAAAACACAUGCUAGAAGAAAUGCCGAUCGAUGAAUCCCAUAUUAAGCCAAGUACUAUGAUGGCCAGAGCGUAUGACGGGUCGCCUAGGCCAAUAAUUGGGACUUUAGAAGUGGAGCUAUAUGUGGGACCACAAAUGUUCCUAGUAACACUUCAGGCCGAGGAGACAGUAUCCAUGACAAAGAAUGUAGCUGUGCCUUUUAUCGAAGCGGGUGAUUGCAAGGGUAACAAUAUCCAUGCCUUUGAGAUCGUGAACACCGACUGGGUGCCGGAAAACACAGUGCUAAGAAGGCCAAGGAUCUCAGAAGCAGCAAGGAUGGCAAGUCUAUGCUUCUUGAACCGCGGAAUCCCAUUUCAGUAUAACCUUAUUAUCGGGAUACCAGAAGGGGUUAAUUUGGCAAAGAUGAAAAGUGCUGCUCAAAGAUUUGGGCUAGGGUACCAACCUAACCAAGAGGAUUAUCGGUGGGCUGCUAGUCGGAGAAGGGCAAGAAGGAUGGCUAGAAUUAAAGGAAGAGAGCCUGAUGAAGAAAAGCUGGAAAUCCCUCCCCUUAGCGUGUCAUUCCCAAAAGCUGCAUACAUAAUUGAAUUCACUAGGCUAGUAGAACAACAGGAACAGACUUGGAAGCCUAUCGCUGAGGAACUUGAAACCAUCAAUGUGGGCAGUGAUCAGCUUAAGAAAGAGUUAAAAAUAGGUACCCUAAUUACUUCUGAACAAAGGAUCAAAAUGAUCACCCUAUUACAAGAAUAUUCAGAUGUCUUUGCUUGGUCCUAUGAAGAUAUGCCUGGUUUGGAUACAAAUAUUGUAGUACACAAGAUACCGUUGGAAGAAGGUUGUAAGCCAGUCAAGCAGAAGCUGAGGAGGGCCCACCCGGAUGUCUGGAUCAAGGUCAAGGCAGAACUCGAGAAGCAAUGGGAUGCUGGUUUUCUAGAAGUCGUUAGAUAUCCGCAAUGGGUAUCUAACAUUGUUGUGGUGCCUAAGAAGGAGGGGAAGAUUAGAGUGUGCGUGGAUUUUCGGAAUUUGAAUAAAGCUAGCCCCAAGGAUGAUUUUUCGCUACCACACAUAGAUGUUUUAGUAGACAACGCUGCCCGGAGUUCCACAUAUUCCUUUAUAGAUGGUUUUUCAGGAUACAACCAGAUAAAAAUGGCUUCGGAGGAUAAGACGAAAACAACUUUUGUCACACCUUGGGGAACGUUCUGCUAUAAGGUCAUGCCAUUUGGAUUGAAGAAUGCAGGAGCAACCUAUCAAAGAGCAAUGGUGACUUUGUUCCACGACAUGAUGCACAAGGAAAUUGAGGUGUAUGUAGACGACAUGAUUGCCAAGUCUAAAAGGGAAGAGGAUCAUGUUGAAGUUUUGAGGAAGUUAUUUGAGAGACUGAGGAAGUAUGAAUUAAGGCUCAAUCCUGUAAAAUGUUCAUUCGGAGUUAAAUCGGGUAAGCUGUUAGGAUUUGUGGUAAGUGAUAGAGGUAUAGAGGUGGAUCCAGAUAAAGUGAAGGCCAUCCAAGCUAUGUCAUCCCCUAAGACGGAGAAAGAAGUAAGAGGAUUCUUGGGAAGAUUAAACUACAUUGCUAGGUUCAUAGCUCAGUUAACAACAACGUGUGAACCAAUAUUCCGACUACUAAGGAAAAAGAAUCCUGGAACCUGGAAUGAGGAGUGUGAGGAGGCAUUCAAUAAAAUCAAGCAUUAUUUACAAAAUCCACCUUUACUGGUGCCUCCGGUAUCAGGAAAACCUCUAGUAUUGUAUCUAACAGUGACUGAAGCGGCCAUGGGAUGUGUAUUGGGUCAGCAUGAUGAAACCGGAAGGAAGGAAAGAGCUAUUUAUUACCUAAGUAAGAAAUUCACUGAAUGUGAGUCUAGAUACACGGAGAUAGAAAGGCUUUGUUGUGCGUUGGUGUGGGCUGCAAAGAGGUUGCGACAUUAUAUGUUAUACUAUACCACUUGGUUAAUUUCAAAAGUGGAUCCUCUGAGGUAUAUUUGUAACAAGCCCUUUCUCUCAAGUCGAAUUGCAAGGUGGCAAGUUCUAUUAGCAGAAUAUGACAUAGUAUACAUGACAAGAAAAGCCGUAAAAGGAAGUGCAAUUGCAGAUCAUCUGGCCGAUAAUGCUGUUGAAGAUUAUGAACCUUUGGAUUUUGACUUCCCUGAUGAAGAUAUAUUGUCAAUAGAGAAAGAAGAAGAGAAGACAGAUUGGUGGACGAUGUUUUUUGAUGGUGCAGUGAAUGUAUAUGGUAACGGGGCCGGUGCGGUAAUAAUCUCUCCUAAUAAGAAACAAUAUCCAGUUUCGGUUAAACUACAUUUCGAGUGCACCAACAACACAGCUGAGUAUGAAGCUUGUAUCCUCGGUUUAGAAGCGGCAUUAGAGUUGAAGAUAAAGAAGUUAGAUGUAUAUGGAGAUUCAAUGUUGAUUAUUUGUCAAGUUAAAGGGGAAUGGCAGACCAAGGAGGACAAGUUGAGGCCGUACCAGGAAUACCUAUCCACGCUAGCAAAGGAAUUUGAAGGAAUUAGAUUCACCCAUCUGGGAAGGGAGGGGAACCAUUUUGCGGAUGCUUUGGCCACGUUAGCUGCUAUGACUACCAUUGAUCUCAAGUGCAAGGUACAACCGGUACACAUUGACAUUAGAAAUGACCCAGCUUAUUGUUGCUUAGUUGAAGGAGAGAUAGACGGACAUCCUUGGUAUUAUGAUAUCAAGAACCUUGUGCAAAAUCACGAAUAUCUGGUGGGAGCUUCCAAAACGGAUAAGAAAACUUUGAGAAGGUUGGCUAUAGACUUCUAUUUAGAUGGAGAGAUUUUGUACAAAAGAUCAUUUGAUGGGACCCUACUAAGGUGUUUGAAUGAGGCAGAUGCUAGAAAGGCAUUACGGGAGGUCCAUGAGGGGAUUUGCUCAACCCAUGCUAGCGGGCAUAUGAUAGCGAGGAAAAUCCAAAGGGCUGGUUAUUUUUGGAUGACACUAGAGAAAGACUGUAUCGAUUAUGUCAGGAAAUGUCAUAAAUGUCAAGUUUACAGUGACAAGGUCAAUAUGCCACCAGCUCCUCUAUUUAAUCUAAUAUCCCCUUGGCCGUUUGCAAUGUGGGGAAUUGACGUGAUCGGGCCUGUUAACCCAAAAGCUAGCAAUGGUCAUAGAUUCAUCCUCGUAGCUAUUGACUACUUCACAAAAUGGGUAGAAGCUAGUUCAUAUGCCCACGUAACACAGAACAUAGUGAAGAGGUUUAUAGAGAAGAACUUGAUUUGUCGAUAUGGUCCUCCUGAAAAGAUAGUGACAGAUAAUGCACAGAAUUUCAAUGGCAAAAUGAUAGCGGAGCUGUGUACUAAAUGGAAAAUCAAGCAUUCGAAUUCUUCACCAUACCGACCAAAGAUGAAUGGCGCAGUAGAAGCCGCCAACAAGAACAUCAAGAAGAUUAUUCAGAAAAUGGUAGUCACAUAUAGAGAUUGGCAUGAGAUGUUGUCAUUCGCACUUCACGCAUACCGCACUACAGUCAGGACCUCGACAGGGACUACCCCAUAUUCUUUGGUAUACGGUAUGGAGGCAGUGAUGCCGUUGGAAGUGGAAAUCCCAUCGUUAAGAGUAUUAAUGGAUUCCGAACUAGAAGAGGCUGAGUGGGCCAAAGUGAGAUAUGAGCAACUGAACUUGAUCAGCGAAAAGAGGAUAGCUGCAAUAUGUCAUCACCAACUUUACCAGAAACGAAUGGCCAAGGCAUAUGAUAAGAAGGUUAGACCGCGGUUGUUUCAAGAAGGGGAUCUAGUAUUGAAGAAAAUAUUGCCGUUACCUGGAGACGAUCAAAGCAAAUGGGCACCGAAUUACGAGGGUCCUUACGUAGUAAAGAAGGCAUUCUCAGGAGGAGCGCUGAAGUUGGCUAGAAUGGAUGGGGAAGACCUAGCUCGACCUGUGAAUUCUGACUCUGUAAAAAGAUAUUAUGUUUGA